CUUUGGUGGGGGUGGUGGUGGUGGUAGGCGUUCCAUCUCCUCCUCCGACGCUUCGUCUUCUUCUUGAAAGAGAAAAGAGAGAGAGAGAGAGAGAGAUGGAGCAUAUGAUGGGGCUUCUCAGGGUGCGGGUGGUGAGAGGGGUGAACCUUGCGUACCGCGAUGCCCGAGGCAGCGACCCAUACGUGGUCAUGCGCAUGGGCGGCCAGAAACUGAAGACCAGUGUCAAGAAACACAAUGUUAAUCCAGUUUGGAAUGAGGAUCUCACUCUUUCUGUUUCGGAGCCUCUCCGACCAAUUAAACUUCAAGUUUAUGACAAGGACACAUUCAGCAGAGAUGAUAAGAUGGGUGAUGCCGAGAUCGAUAUCCAGCCAUUUGUGGAGGCAGUCAAAAUGAACUUCUCUGGCCUCCCAAAUGGUACCAUAAUCAAAACUUUGACUCCCAACAGGCAGAACUGCUUGGCUGAGGAGAGUGCCAUUGUUUGGAAGGAUGACAUGAUUGUGCAAGAUGUUGUUCUCAGGCUCAGAAAUGUGGAGAGCGGUGAACUGGAGCUGCAACUUAACUGGAUUAACAUACCUGGUGCAUUAGGCUUGUAGGCUUUUAUUUGUAUACCCAGCAAGAUGUGCAAUUUACUCAUGAAACCCCAUAUGCACACUGCACUUUUAACUCCAUUUCCUACAGUUUUGUACCACUUAAUACUGUUGCUGGAAUGUAGUCUUAUCAACAUGCAGACUUGCCAAAGUGAUAAA